AAGCUAUUUCGGCAUUCUCGCGGCCGCCACAGAACGAAUCGGACAGACGCGGAAAGAUACUCGCGCAGCCCACUAUCUAUAGAUACUUUUCAUAAUUCAAAUUUCUCGCGAGAUAUUUUAUUUAUUUACCCAGCACCCAGAACGGGUUAUAUAAGGGGAGUGUGUGCGAGCCCAUUUUGUGUGUUUCACCGCCAUUUCUCCGGCAGUCGACCGCAAUGCAAGGGGGCGCAUAAAGUCAAGGUCGUUUUCCACACAUGCAGCUGUAGUCGCGCCCACUGUCACCCCGUUACUGUAACCCAUGGCCAUGUAGGCGCGACAGCCCAAGCAGAAAUCCAAUUGUAUCGAGCAUUCAAGCAAAUCGAAAAUGGACGACUGGGUGGCCCACCUCGGGAGCAGUCAGGGUGAGGGGGGCACCUGCCCCCGGGAAGCCAAUGUAACGAGCACCUAUUACUGGCAGGAAGCCCUUAUUGACCUUUACCCUAGAUUAGUGGUCUUGAUGCAGUUGCUUGCGACAUGGGCCAGUCAGGUGCACACACAGAGCCGGAAAAUUCUGGGCACCCUCGCCCAGGACCCGAUCUUCAUGGGAGUUCUGCAGGGCAGCCUGCUGUUGCUCUUCCUGUUCUUGAUGUACUUGCUCCGGCUGUGGAGCUGUGGCUGCGCGCCUGAAAGACCGCCCACCGCCACCCCCCAUGUGGCCAAAGAGCUAAGUUGUGACUUCAAUUUUGUGUCCGAGCAGGAGAAGCGAGCCGCCCAAGAAGCCGAGACUGAGGCACUGCUUGAAGUUGAGGAGAAGAAACGACGGAAGCGAUUCACAAAGAAGCGCAACUGUGUCUCGGCGGGACCCAUUCUUAUUGCGUUGCGCCAGCAGUCCAAGAGGCCCAAGCCCCAUCGACAGCUGCCCCUGCUCUUCGAGCCGGUCUCCCCUGGGGAAGUGAUAUUGGACACGUACCUACCACCGCGAAAGCAACCAUUAACCAUUAAGUUGCCCCAGGUGGAGGCAGUGUCCAAGCCAAUCGAGCUGGAGGUACCAGAAAGCCAAGAGUUCAUAUCCGAGCCUCGUGGAACCCUCAGUACGACUGACGAAAUCUAUCCGGACUCCUCCGACAGCAGUCUUUACGUGUCGGACGAGGAACAGGAGGAUGCCUCCCAAUACUGCCGCGGUGGCUACCACCCGGUGGUCAUAGGCGACAUUUUCGACAAUCGGUUUCGCGUGGUCCGCAAACUGGGCUGGGGCCACUUCUCAACCGUAUGGCUAUGCCGGGAUCUCAAAGAAGAGAAGUACGUGGCGUUGAAGGUUGUGAAGAGUGCCCCGCACUACAUAGAGACUGCAGCAGACGAGAUCCGUCUGCUCGAGGCGAUCCGCGACGCCGACCCUCUCGACGUCAAGCGGGAAAGGAUCGUCCGCCUGAUGAACCACUUCACCGUGCGCGGUGUCAAUGGAAUGCACACGUGCUUGGUGUUCGAGGCUCUCGGGUGCAGUCUCUAUAAGCUGAUAGUGAAGAACAACUAUCAGGGCCUGUCCAUUGUCCAGGUGCGCAACAUAAUCCGUCAGGUGCUGGAGGGGCUCGACUACCUCCACAGCAAGUGCAGCAUCAUCCACACGGACAUCAAGCCGGAAAACAUAUUGCUGGUGAUCGAUAAUGCCGCUGCGAUGAACCAGCAAAUCGACGAUGAGAUCGCAAGCCUGCGGGUGAAGGGCGCGGACUUCCCCGACUCUUACAUCAGUUCAAUCGAAAAGCAAACCAAGACGAGGGCCAAGUGGCCGUUGAUCGAGCCAAACGGGUCCAACACGAAUACGAACACCAGCAACAGCACGGCGAACAAUUCCACCUCAUCGACGCCGCUAGCUGCGGUGGUCAUGUCGUCGCUGGACAAAGAAGAUACCACCACAAACUCGUCUACUCUCAAUUCCAACACCACUUCUUCGCUAACCUCCAAGUACUCCAGCCUGUUGGGCGACAGCGAGUGCAACGGCGGUAUCGGCGGAGGAGGCGUCGAGAGUCCCAUCUUGGGCGGAUCUGCGAGUCUCAAUCGCUACCGGACCGAGAAGAAAAUCACUGCCAAGUCUUCUGUCGACCGCGAAGAUGAACCCGAGUCUGACAUGCUAAGCGAGCAGCAAACUGAGCCCAGCAACUCGCCCACCGAGCCCGAGGGCAAUCCUCCCGACCGCCCACAGAAGCUGCCCAAUCCGAACUCCACCAACAUCUCCUCCUUUACCCACACCACCACUCUGAUUGACAACACAAAGACCGAUUCAAACAAUCAAGGCACGUGCACGUCCUUGCCGAAGGAUUGCAACCACACCAACACCAACACCACCACCACCACCUCCACCACCAACCUCAACACGAUCAGCGGCAACAACUGCCCCUCCAGUGACACAACCUCCUCCGUCCCCUUAAGCGAAACACCCGAAACUGCCUCUGCCUCUGCCACAGCCUCAGCCACAGCCACGCCCCCCAGCACGUGCACUCACACGUUAAUGCAUCUAGCGCCACCAACAACAACCAGUACAACAAUAGACGCAAGCACUCUGCUGUAUAAUGGCGACCAUACAACAAAUAGCACAUCAAACGCAACAUCAACAACAACAACCAACAACGCGACAACGACCAAACCAAUAACGACCUGUACCACCACAACCGCUAAACUAAAUGUCCAUGCCAAUGCCAUUCCUUCGCAGAAUCAGAGUCAGAGUAGCCAGAACAACACCUACACGAUACAGUCGCUCAUCAACAACAGCAACGUGCGGGUGAAGAUCGCCGACCUGGGCAACGCGUGCUACGACUACCAUCACUUCACCGAGGACAUUCAGACGCGCCAAUACCGGUCGAUCGAGGUGCUCCUGGGAGCUCCGUACAACUACACAGCUGACAUUUGGAGCACCGCCUGCCUGGCCUUCGAGCUGGCGACCGGCGACUACCUGUUCGAUCCGCAUGCGGGGGAAUCUUACAGCCGGGACGAGGACCACCUGGCGCACAUCGUGGAGCUGCUCGGAUCCAUACCCCAGUCGGUCAUUCUGCGAGGCAAACACGGCCUCAAGUACUUCACCAGCUAUGGCAGCCUCAGGAACAUCACGAAACUCAAGCCUUGGAGCCUCAUGAACGUGCUCGUGGAGAAGUACGACUGGGACCCGGUGGAGGCCAAGAAGUUCUCAGACUUUCUGCUGCCAAUGCUGGAGUACAACCCAGUCAUACGCGCCUCGGCGGCGGAGUGCCUGCAACACCCUUGGCUGGAGCAGGAGGAGUUUGUCUAGGCGGAGGGACAACUAAUGCAACUUAAUUUACAUAUUUCGUACUCGUAUUGUAUUUGUAGGCUUAACUUUUAUAUGCGAACAGUUUGUCACAAAAGAGGAUUAAUAUAUGUACGUUAACAUGGA